AAAGAUUUGUCUCCCGUUAUUCUUGUUUCCACAGACUAUGACCAGUCUCAUCUCCAGCAGUUUGCCGAGCAGCCCUCUCGACCACCAUCCUGGCCGAUGAUGGGCCGUCAUCUGCCACUCUUAACACCAGCACUGGCACACCGUCCAGCAGUACCCUGACGUCGUCCACCCCACGAGCAAUACAGCGCAAGCACCGGCUGGGCCAGCACCACCGUGGAGAACCUUACUGAACAUGAAGAAGAAGAUGAAUCCAGUUGACCAGCUGUUUGAUUUCAUUGAGAGACAAGACUUUGACGGUGCGGAGGCUAUCAUCACGCAGUCACCAAACUUUGACAUCAACGAGACCAAUGCUGAAGACCACACACCGCUAGAUGUGGCAGUCAUGACGGAUGCGGUGGUCAUUGCAAAGCUUAUCAUGAAGCAUGGUGGCAAGGAAAACCCUAUUUUUAUCAAGAACCGCUACAUUCGCAGUGUGCGACUCACUACCCUGGUCACGGAGGCUGAAGAGCAGGUGGAGAAGCUGACGACCAGUGUUGUCAACCUGGGUGGUGGCAUGCCCAAUGGUGUCGGGGUGAACCAUCCACAAGGCUCACUGACUGCGUCAAGCUCAAAGCUAAAGGAGUAUGAACGUCAGCUGCGCGACUGGGAGUGGAGGUAUCACACACUUCGGCGUAUGCUGCAGAUCUAUGACAGAGCCAAGGCGUCAGAGCCACCGAAGUGGGUCAAGCUUUCCGUCAUGUCGCCAACAGCACUGCGGGUGGAUUUCGACGAGCCGGAGGAAACCAACGGUGCCGUUGUCACCAGAUACAAGAUUGUCUGGAGUGCAUUUCCUGAUUAUACCGACAGCAACGAGUUCGUGAAGACUGACCUGCAAGUGAUGUGUCAUAUCAUUGAAGAUCUGGACGAAGAUGUGACAUAUUAUGUGUAUGUGGAGGCAUUCAACAUGCAGGGGUACAGUGCACCAUGCUACUCAACGCCAUCGUGUGCCACACCAUCCAACUGGAGAACGGCUGUGAAUGAUUGCAAUACUGAUGGUGGUAGUAAUGGCACAGAUGAUGCUAUUCUGACCCAUGUACCGGACCGCUCAUGCACAUCACAUGACACCAUGAUGACGCUGGACGGCCUCGCUCAGAGUGUGCUGGACGCGGACACUGAGGACGCUCUAGAUAGCCGAGGUCUGAAGCGUAACUGGUUCAAGAUGUUUGGUGGAAAGUUCACACAUACCCUCGAAGCGGGGUCUCUAUACCUGGCUGUUGUGAACUACACGGAUGACAAUCGUCUGCAAGUGACGGCUGAUGGCCAUCUGCCUAUUCUCCUAGUUGAUCAAGAUCACAGUGUGGGACAGCACUCUGCCGACAUCAUGUGGUUCUCAAAGAUCUGCUUCAACUGGAAGGAUACACGCUCACUAAAGGCAAUGAUCGGCUCUGACCAGUCCACGGCGACACUGGUGUUCCGGCACAAACUACUGCUGGCAGCCAUUCAAGCUCAGCUUACGUUCAACCAACCGAACUUGGGUAUUCUGCACCCGGACAUCAUCACCGACUUCAACAAGUGUACCAUAGUCACCGUCAUGAAACAAGUGCCGAGGUCACAAUCAGCUGGCUCAGGCAAUCGCUGGAUACCAAUUCCUAGAUUCCUGCGCAAGCGUGUUCACCCAGACCGGCCCAACACGCCCGGUAAUGUGGAGAAACCCGACAUUGGAGUGUCCGUUUCAGCAUCCACAAAUUCAGUGCGCCAGGACAUCUCUCCACCACCGCACUCUCAGAAUACUAGUGCGUACACACUGCUGGUCAACCAACUGCUGGAUGUCGUGUCGUUCCACACAAACAUGCACGAAACUCUACCCAGGGGUCUGUAUGUCGGACUUCUCAAGCUCAGGACGACGGUAUCACACAUGUCCGUGUACACAUCCAGGCUACAUCCACUCAUGCUGCCGUAUAUGAAGAUCAGCGACAAUCCAAACGUUUCAAGGGACGAGUGGUUGUGGCUACAGCGUGUUAUGAACCAGACACAGGAUAGCAAUGUGCACCCUCUGCCCGAUGAGGUUACGCAGCACGGGCGCACGUUUCAGCAGCGACUGGCUCGUGGAGCGGCACGCUUGCUGACGAAGUUCAACCUGGACGAUGGAGAGGAGGACGUCAUGGAAAACUAUCACCUGUACUGCCGUGAGGUGAUAGAAGUGAGCGAUGACAUCACCAUGGUGUUGCUCCUACCACCGGCUGACUCACUGUGCCUAGCACCUGGUCAGCAGUGUGUGCUGGAUGAGAACCCUGACAUCGUACCACUGCCAUUGCACUACUUUGAACUGGCUCACAAGGUGAUGUUCUCCCAACCGUUUUGUGAUCUGUAUACUCGUGUGUCGUCCGUGCUGGACUGUCGACGACUCUGCUCCGAGCAGUUGUCACGCAAGGCAUUCACCAAGGAAGAGACAUUAGCAGCACAGAUUGAACUGGACGAGGUGAACCACCUGCAGUCGGAUCUCGAUGCCGUUUGGGACAAGAUGAGGUGGGUCCGUGACAUCGUGCACCAGGGCAAGGACAAGCUUCCAUCUUGCACCGUUGUGCUCCGGCGCAUGUUCACGGCGGGCGUUGGCACUUCGUCGGCCCAUGCUCUGCCAAGCUUUGCACGACGAGGAGCUCGUGGUGUGAACACUAGAAGAAGCCUACAGCACAAUAGCUGGUCGUCCAACUCCGUACGUCUUCAGCAGCAGCAGCAGCUGCUCCUGCAGCAGGCCAAGCGCCAGCGUAAUCACCUGCAGAGACGUGCAUCGCUGGAGACAACCGAGAUAUUCAAUGACAUUGUCGACAAGAGCAACGGACCGGCCAACGGCGGAGCGAAUAAUAGCACAACUCUGAGACAGGGCGGAGAUGGUGGCGGUGGUGCACGGGACGCAGGCAAUCGCCAGGCCACGAUGCCGACGAAUCGCCGAGGAUCCCUGCCAAGCGUUGGGUACGUUGGUGGUGCCGGAAGCUUCUCCACCCUGCCGCGCUCUUCGCGCCGUUCCUCCUCCACUCACGGUGCACUGCUCGAGGAGAGAAGUGAAUCUUCGCACGCCACCGGAAAUGCUGCCGUUGGUCAUCAUUCGCGCAGCAGUGCCGCCAUGGACCGCGCUACGCAGUCCGCGUCGGAGUCCAACACGGUCAUGUCGGACCCGAACAUAUCGCGUCACAAGGCGGACUCCGCCGGCAAUGUGCACUCACAUUCCGUGAUGCACAGGCGUCACGCGCAUGCGCAAGCUGGCAGCCCAGACGACGAGCUAUCCCGUAGCUUUCCUCACGGCAGUCCUGUUCAUGCGCUGACCGACAACAUGGACAAGGGACGGGCCAGCCCAGCGCCGCCGAAACGCUCCUCGUCCCACGCUGCCAUGAACGUCCAUCGCCUGUCUCGCACCGGCAGCCCACAGUACUCUGAGGACGGCGGUGAACACCCGCCUCCGUACACGAGUAGCAGUAACUCCGUCUCGCCGGAUGGAACACUGGGCAGGCAGCACGCCGCACAGCAGCGACAUCAUCACACCAUGACGAUGGCGACGUCACCGGAUGGUACGUUUGUGCAGCAGGGCGGAAACAUGGGUGCCGUCGCCAAUGCCGUGGGCGCUCUGGAGCACACGCGGGGCUCUCCGAUGAACGCCCACGGCACUACACCAUCCCCGGACAGUAUGACCUACUCGAGCUCCUCGUACUCGGGUUCGUCUUCCGCCUCGUCCACAUUCUCUCGCUCCAGCUCCAGUCGUGUCAACACCGGCCAUGCCGUCGCCACCGGCAACCGGAGCCUGUCUCCGUCGAACAGCUCUGGUUCGUUCUCCUCGGCACGCUCUGGUGGUCAUGUGACUAGCUCAUCGUCACCGGAUGAGUUUGGCAGCGGGAACAUUGCCACGUUGCAAUUGUCAGCGGGCAGCUCUUCGUCAAACCGGUCCAGCACUCUGCCAGCGUCCACAGCGAGUCGCAUUCACCCGUCCGCGCCGGCGGGGAAAACUCUCUACGCACGGACAGACUCGAGCGGUGCGUCAACGUUUCAACGUACGCCACCGCUGCGUCGAAAACAGCCGGGUGGUGCAUCAGCCGUCACGCAACAUCAGCAAUCUCAGGCUGAGGAGCAAUCGCACCACUUGACGCACCAACACGCCGCACCCCCAUCUGCCGGCAACGCCAAGCGGAGUUCCGUGCCAACCGGCCCGACGACAUCCUCAUCAUCACAGCAACCGCCAGUGCACGGCGGCGACGGGCAGUUCGGCCGUUUCGGUGCCCGCGUUCCGGCACCGCAGCAGGCACCGCCCCCACCGACGUACGCACACCCUCAACGGCACAACACCACCACCACCGCUGCCGCCGCCACCAAUCACCACAGUCCUGCGUCAUCGUUUGCGUCCGUCGACCGAGCCGCUCGCCCGCACGGCCGCCCGCGACGCAGCAUUUCCGACACCAGCUUCGGAAGCCCGCCGUCACAGCAGCAGCAGCAGAAGCAGCAAUACGAGCAGCAGCAGCAACACGUCCAACAGCAGCAGCAGAGCAGCACAGCGAGGGUGAUGCGAACACAAGCCACCCAGUCACAUCUGCAUAGGCGGACGUACUUAGAAACGGGCGGAGACUCCGGAAGCGACCGCUCAGCCCGCUCCUCGCCAACUCCAGCUGGUUCGCUCUUGACACCCGGUGGCAUAUCGACCAGUGGAGCAAACUGGGUGAGAGUAUUUCCACUCUUCGCCUCUCCUCAACUGCUGGCAAAGGGAACCAAUAUCAAGAUUAAGAUCACCCCUACGACUAGUUGUCGCGAGGUGAUUGAACUUGUCAUGGACGAAGUCCGGAGAUUGACGUCUGGCUCAACUCGUGCCCAAUCACUGAUUCUCGACAUCAACGCGUACUGUCUAGUUUCCAAGGUGGAGGGCCGCGACUGCCCACUGCCCGAUGAUUUCAAACCGCUCGAGCUAGCCGAUCAGGAGUCCCGUCGUCAGAUGUACAUACGCGAGAGAAGCGCCGCGGAGCAAAUGCUGCAGCAGGGGCAGUCUACGAGUGUGUGAUCUUAUACUACUCGGUGGUCAGCUACAAGCAAGCGCAGUCAACAAGUAUGUGACAAUAUUUCGUCAGCUACACGCAGGAGCACUCAGCGAGUGUUUGACCAAGCUAACAGAGGUAGAAGUAAUUAUUGAUAGUGAUACUUGCAUUGGAGAAGUAGUGCUGUUCAAUGUCACCUGAGUGGUGUUGGUCGGCCAAAUCGCCCGAAUAUGUCUGCCCAGCAUCCGUUGUGGCAAAAUAUGGGAAAUUGUGUCCAAUAGCUGCUCGUUGUGAACACAAUUUAUCCUGUUACCAUGUGCAAGGAGCAGGACCCGCUUGCCAUGUAUACUAUUAUGCUAUUUUACCAGCCCUUGAAACAAAAGAUGGAUAGUGGAUUUGUGCCUGCCUACACACAGGCACGUACUUACAUGUAGGUUUUACACUUUUGAAAUGCUGAGAUUAUAUCCGCUAUUCAUAUAGUCUUUAAUUAAGACCACUGAAAUGAAAUGAUAUCCUAUGUUGGAGACCACUGAAAUGAUGUUAUGGCAUGCCUGUGCUAUACGUGUGGUGCUAUGCAUGUUGAAAUAACCACACUAUACACGUAAUUCAUACUGUCUCUGAGCUGCAGCGACCAUAAUAUUCUAUUUCUCUAUUUAGUAAAUUCUAACCAUUUGGGAGCCCGUGUCUAGAACCUCCGCUCCACUAGAUCCCCCUGAUCCUGCGGACAAAAGUCUACACUGAAUGCUCUGGCACUUUUUUUUUGUGGGAGUGAAUCUAUUAUAAUAUUUAUAGCGUUGAGUUCUAUCUGAAGUGAAUGACUUAAAACACAGUGUACGUUUAUUGUGAAGGCUACUUGCUGAUUAUAUUCUGGAGUUUCGAUGAGAGUAUUCAAUUUUGAACAGAUUCUGCGAUACACUCUAAAACCGGA